AUGUUUUUUGUCCUUGGCCUUCUUUUAGUACAGAGGACCAAACUAAAUAACAUCCAAAAGGAUCCAUUAGAAAUUGAUAUUCCAGUGAAAAUGGCUUUUUCUGAUGAUUAUUCAUCAUUAAGCUCGUAUAUACCUCAAGUUGAUCGGGGUAAGUCCUAUUACACUGAUCGUUUUCAUGCGCAUAACCGAAAUAUAUCAAUUGAAAAUACAGAUAGAGCUAAUUUAAUCAAAUAUCGAAUGAUUUUCCAAAACAUCCUUCCUAAAUUUCAGAUCUUUCAACAGAUAACAGACAAGCUAUUAAAUACAUACAAUUGUCCAAGGGUUAUUAGUAAUUAUCUUUCGAAAUUAAAAUAUAGUAAAUUAUCAAAUUUCGAAUUCCAGAAUUUACUGCAGUCCAGCGUAUACACCUCAUCACAGAUACAACGAAAUAAUAACAUAUUGGAUCAGAUUUCUAGCGAAAAUGGAAAAAUUUCAAAUCAAGACAUUAAUCAAUUAUCUCGAACUUCUGAUCCUCUAAAUACAAUACUCAGCAAAGAUGAUGGUCAAAACCAUGAACGAACAGAAAACGAUCAAAAAUCUGGUUUGACAAAUAAAUUUUCCUCAAAACAACUACAACCAUCAUUAGAAGAUGCUCAAAUAAAUUACAAACAGAUUCUUCAAGAAGAAAUGCCUUCAAAUCCAACAGAAAUUCGUUUAAUUCAAGAAAUACAGAAUUCUCAAGAUAAUGACUCAGGAAGUGAGCCAUCAUCAAUCGAACCAUCGGCAAAUGGUUCACAUACAGAUAAUUCAUCUUUAACUGAUGAAAAUCUCCAAAAUAUUUCCGAAAAUCAGGAAAUCUUGACUUCACAAUUACAGGAUGCUCCAAAUUCACCUCCUUUACCACCACCAACUCCUAACUACCAAUUUUCAGACCAAACUACAAAUAAUGCGAAACCAAAUCCAGAAUCAUCGAAAGAAUCCAUUUGUAUCGUAUCGGAUCAGCAACAACGUUGUCCUCCAAGUACAAUGAUCUUGGUUUUUACCGAGAAAAACUUCGAAAUGGAUGGUAAUCUCAGAUUAGACCAAAAUGAACUGACAAUCCACUUUUUGGCCAAAAUCAAUGUAACCGUGAUAUCUCGUUCAAAAAUUCAGAGCAAUUUCCAUAUAAAUGUUUUCGGAGAUGAAAAUGAUCCUUUUUCAACUUAUUUAAACAUAUCUGUUAAUGCUGAUGAUAUUUCCAUUACAGCGAAGAACAGCUAUUUGUUGCUAAACAGCAAUUUGAAAUACGGAGAAAUGGAAUUUGAAAAUUGUAAGGUAGAAGAUGCUUCAGGAGACUCACAGACCUUCAGUUUAGUGUUCAACAACAUUGUUUCCGAUGAAUUCUCCAUACAAAAUGUUAAUUCUCUCUCUGGAAACAGUUCUAGAAUUAUUUGCCCUCAAAAUACACAGAAAUAUGUUGAUAAUAGCAAAGAAGUACUUAUCAAAACCAAAUACUCUUCAUUUUUCGGUGUUUCGACGGUUAGUUUUCAAGAUGAUCAAAUCCAAAAUAUAAUUGGCUUGAAAGUAUAUAAUUUGUCAACAGAAAACCGCAAAUUGGUCAUUGCUUUGGCGAAUCAUUCCAAUUUCAUGUCUUUACAAUCAAAAAUUAAAAAAUUGAAAUCAAAUUCAAGGGAAUCAGUGUUUCUUGCUUAUCCAAAUGGUUACAUGUCGACAGUAGGUAACACACCAUGCACAAUUGCCUCUCUAGAUAAAAGAAAUGCCACAAAAUUAAAUGUGACAUCAGAAAAUUCAGGUCUAAAGUUGUCAUCCAUGGGCGCAAUAGUUGAUGUAUCAUCUCUAUCGUACAUUUCGCCGUCAUUUAUCUCUGAUUCUUCGAUUUCGAUCGACUCAAAAGACGGAGACCUUCUUGGAAUCAAUGUUUCGGCCAAGGAAGUUAAGGCUCUCUCAAAAAUUGGAGUUUCUGCAUCGAUUCCGGCUUCCGUUUCUUCGAAGAAUAAUUUUUCGAUAAUUAACUCGAACAAAGAUAGUCCAUUAGAGGUUUACAUCGAUUCUAAAGGCAUCUCUGAAGUUCCGGUGCUAUUUAUUUUGGAGGACCAAAGUAAAUUGAAAGUGGUUGUUCCAAAAAGUGACAAAAAUACCAAAAUUAACCUUAAAUAUGAAACCAGGGGCGAAAACAUCAAUAUUGUCGCUCCUGACUCCAUCAAUCUUAUCAAUGUUCAACGAGAUACUAACGAUAAGCCAGAUGCACCACCAACUCCAACGAAUUCUGACGAAAUAGAAUUGAAUAAGCAGAGGAAGCUAAUUUUGAUAACAAUCAUAGCUGCAGCAAUACUAUUAGUCAUCAUAAUCGUAAUUAUUGCUUCUACAAUGCUUUAUAUCCUUAAGAAAAAGAAGAAUUAUGACUCAUCUUCUUCCCCUUCACUCAAAGAAUACAAUGACUCGAAGAGAAACGCAAGAAAUGAGAAUGUAUUCAAUAAGAAACUCAAAAGAAAGGCCCAUAAGUCAGCUUACUAUUCAUCUUCAGAUUCUGACUUUUCUGACCGAGAACAUCCUCCAGCAAGGAAGCAGAAACAGAAAGCUGAGAAACAAAAUCCAUCUACCAAUUACUGGGAUGCAAAUAAUUGGUAA